AUGAAUGAUCCUGAUUCAGGACGCGGGAGUCGACCGUGCUUACCAGAUACUGGUGAGAGACGACUGACGAUUCCCUACCCAGGAACUAGACUCCGUGUAGUGCCUUCCUCUAGGUGGGAGACGAGGUGGUGGUGCACUGCCUUCCUGCAGGUGGAGACGAGGUGUUGCACUGCCUUCCUCCAGGUGGGAGACGAGGUGGUGGUGCACUGCCUUCCUCCAGGUGGGAGACGAGGUGGUGCACUGCCUUCCUCCAGGUGGGAGACGAGGUGGUGGUGCACUGCCUUCCCCCAGGUGGGAGACAAGGCGGUGGUGCACUGCCUUCCUCCAGGUGAGAGACGAGAGGGUGCACUGCCUUCCUCAAGGUGGGAGACGAGGUGGUGCACUGCCUUCCUCCAGGUGGGAGAUGAGGUGGUGGUGCACUGCCUUCCUCUAUGUGGAGAUGAGGUGGUGCACUGCCUUCCUCCAGGUGGGAGACGAGGUGGUGCACUGCCUUCCUCCAGGUGGAGACGAGGUGGUGCACUGCCUUCCUCUAGGUGGGAGACGAGGUGGUGGUGCACUGCCUUCCUCCAGGUGGGAGACGAGGUGGUGGUGCACUGCCUUCCUCCAGGUGGGAGACGAGGUGGUGCACUGCCUUCCUCCAGGUGGGAGAUGAGGUGGUGGUGCACUGCCUUCCUCCAGGUGGGAGACGAGGUGCUGCACUGCCUUCCUCCAGGUGGGAGACGAGGUGCUGCACUGCCUUCCUCCAGGUGGGAGACGAGGUGCUGCACUGCCUUCAUCUGAAUUAAAAUAGAUGCUUGGGUCGCUGUAUUCGAAAAUACUGAUUUUUUUACUAAACAUGAAAUGUUACCUUUCAUCCUGGGUCCCGUAUAUAUUUUAUGACACUUCUAUCAUUCGAGGACAGUGUGAAAAUGUUUUGUGGCCGAAGCGCUCGUAAAUGGAUAUUCUCACAGUACAAACGAAUACUUUCUGUAGCUUUGUGCUUGUACAUGGUGUUGCCCAGAAACAAAAUACUGACUUUUAA